CCAUGGAAGAAACCCAAACUCCACCUGCACCUGACGAGCACAAAAAACACAAUAUGGGUGCAGAAACGCCGUCAACCGCCCCAGACCCUCGUCGUAUCUUCUGUACUUUCCUCGCUAUCUUCCUCCUCCUCGCCGGCGUCACCGCCCUCACCGUCUGGCUCGUCUACCGUCCCCACAAGCCCCAAUUCAUGGUGGUCGGUGCCGCCAUCUACGAACUCAACACCACAUCACCACCCUUCAUCUCCACCUCCGUGCAGUUCACCCUCCUCACCAGGAAUCCAAACAAGAGAGUCUCCAUCUUCUACGACAGGCUGUCGGCCUAUGUUGCGUAUCGGAACCAGGCAAUAACCCCGCCGGUGGCUUUACCUCCUCUCUAUCACGAGACGAGGAGCACCGUUUCGCUCUCUCCGGUGAUGGGUGGCAGUGAGGUGCCCGUGUCGGCAGAGGUGGCCAACGGGCUGUUGACCGAU